GCUGGACAAAUAUGGGCGUUCUUGGCCUAUAAUAUAUAUAUAUGCAAGUGUGGUUUUCCUUAAUUAAUUAGCUGUGCCCUUAAUUAAUUCUCCCAAAAGUCAUCCAUCGAUUCAUUCUCAGAAAGGAUACGUGGAGGUGUCGACACCAACAAGAUUGAUCAAAAAUGGACUGUUGCUUCUGUGGCAUAAGGGCAUGUGCGAAAGUGAUCCUAGCUCCUAUUUGCAUACCCUACAAAUUAUGUUGCGGAAGUAAGAGUAACACCUCACCACAGCAUCCACAUGUUCCUUCCCCUAUUUCUAAACAACCAUCAAUAUCAUCGUUGUCAAAAUCGUCCCUUCCAAAAGGGAACUAUGAGGUGUUCUUAAACUUUAGAGGUCCAGACACACGUCAUCAGUUCACCGGCUUCCUCUUCAACACCCUCGACAACGUUAAGAUUCGUACAUUCAUGGAUGAUAACGAUCUCUACCAGGGGGAGGAAAUAGGCCCCAGCCUGGUUAAGUCUAUCGAGCAGUCCAAAAUAUACGUGGUGAUAUUAUCGGCGAACUAUGCCGAGAGUAAGUGGUGCCUCAGGGAGCUUGCUAAAAUUGUCGAAUGUCGAGAGCGUGACAAAAGGCACAUCAUACUUCCUAUUUUCUACCUGGUGGACCCUUUCGAUGUUAAACACCAAGCCGGUCCUUACGAAAAAGCAUUUCAACAGCACGAGAGGAACUGCGCUCCCGAAAUCGUGCAAAGUUGGAGAAAGGCUUUGGAGUUGGUUGGACGUCUAAGCGGAUGGCACGUCAAGAGAACAGACCAGCAUAAAGAUACAUUAGAUGGUGUUUUCAAGACGAUAUUAGCGGUGAUAAGGAGAAAUGACAAUCUUCUUGAUACUAGUGACCUUGUUGGGAUAGAUGAACAUGUGAAGGCAAUAACUGAGAAAUUGAGCUUAGAGUCUCCCGAUUUGACGAUGGUUGGCAUUCAUGGAUUUGGUGGUAUAGGCAAGACCACCAUCGCAAGAACAGUCUAUCAUAAACUUGGUGACGAGUUCGAACGACAAUGUUUUCUACAGAACAUACGAGAAAAACAAGAGGUUGAUAAGGAUGCUGCCAUCGAGUUGCAAAAGACGCUAAUCUCCAGCGUUAUGAUGAGAAAGGAUUUUACUAUAUCUAUAAACAGUGUUGAAGAAGGAAGAAAAUUGAUAGAAGAUAGGGUUACCCCUUUCAUCAUUCUAAUCGUUCUCGAUGACGUGGACGAGAAGUUUAACUUUAAGGAGGUUCUGGGAGAUCUUGAGAAUUUUGCUCGUGGAAGUAGAUUCAUCAUUACUUCUAGAAACAUAAAAGUCUUGAGUUCUUUCAAUAAAAAUAAGUGCAAGUUGUAUGAAGUUGGACCGUUGAAUCGACAACUCUCACUUCAACUCUUUUGCAAGCAUGCAUUCGGAGAGGAUGGCCCUCAAUCGGGCUUUGAAACCUUGGCGAAAAAAAUUGUAAAAAAAAUAAAUGGAGUCCCAUUAGUGCUCGAGGUUAUAGGUAAAAGCUUGUCGAAGGAAGAAAAAUCAUUUUGGGAGGGCACACUAGCACAAAUAGAAAAAAUACCUCCGAAAGAAAUCAUACAGACGUUGAGGAUAAGUUACGAACAGUUGGACUACCAGGCUCAACAGAUUUUUCUGGAUAUUGCUUGUUUAUACAUUGGUGAAAAUAAGGACUUAGCCUCGUACAUGUGGAGUGAUAUCGGGUUCUAUCCGGAUAAGGAAAUCCCUCUACUUAUUCACCGAUCCCUGAUUAAAAUUGGUGAUGACAAUAAGUUUCAAGUGCACGAUCAACUAAGAGAUAUGGGAAGAGCAAUCGUGCGUGAGGAAAGUUUCGAGCAUCCCUGGAUGAGGAGUCGAGUAUGGAACAAGAAGGAAGCUGUGGAGCUACUACAGUACAAAAAGGGAUCAAUCAAUGUCAAAGCACUAAAUUUGGAGGAUGAAUAUGAAACUGGAAAGCUUACAUGCGAGUAUUUCCAGAAUUUAUCGGAGCUAAGAUAUUUCGAGGCGCAUGGUGUUGCAUUUGAAGGAGACUUCAACGAAAUUCUUCCAAACAUACGAUCGCUUUGCUUGCGUGAGCAUAAAAACGAGGGUUGCUAUCCAACUAAUUUUCAGAUGAGAAAUUUGGUGACUCUUGAUCUCGAGGACUCCUGGGACUUAAAGAGUGACUGGGGAGGUUGGAGCCAACUCAAGACGGCCAACAAACUGAAAUUUCUCAACCUUUCCGGUUGUAGUUCCCUCACCAGACUUCCCGAUCUCCCGCGAUCAGGAAGUUUGGAGGGGAUAAACCUUUCAAAAGUCAGUAAUUUGGAUCCAGACGUGGAGCUGAAUGUCGGAGGUUUAUGGAACCUAAAACAGUUGUAUCUAAACGACGUCAAACUGAAGAGAAUAAGUGGCGGAACGAUCGGAACGAUGAAGAAGCUCAAAGUGCUCGAUGUCAGCGACCUCGAGUGUGAAAAUCUGGAGGAAGUGCUCGCUGACAUCGCUGAAUUGUCUUCUCUGGAGACCCUGACGACGACCAAGCCGUUGACAGAUGAGCUCCAGGAUAUAGAUGACUUGACGCCGAGCGACAUAGAGGAGAUUCUAAAGAUUAUGAAGCCAGAAGAUGAAAGCGACGGAAAAGAGGCGGUGCCACUAGGGCAGCUUCCCACGAGCCUGAAACGACUACGAACUUCGUCUCCGGUUGUUAAUCUCUCGGAGCUGUUGAAACUGAAGGUACUGACGGUCCAAGAUUGUUAUGAUCCCAAGCUCCAGAUCCCCUCCGUCGAGGAUUCGUGGUGGAAGGAAUCUAAACUCAAGCAUAUAACUUUGAUCAACACGAACAUAGACAUUGCUUCUUCUUCUUCUCCUCUUCCUCGACUCCCGUCGUCUCUGGAGUUUCUCAUCAUUUGGGAUUGCUUGGAAUCGAAGUGGCUCCCGACUUUGGAGAACCUCGAGAACUUGAUCGAGUUGGGCAUCAUAGAGUGUGGCCAUCUACAAGAGAUCCAAGGCCUUGAGAAGCUCCUGCAGUGCAACAAUUUGAAGAGUUUACAGAUAGCAUCUUGCCCUAAACUCACAUCGACAUUCCGCCGCGGUGGGAGGUUCGUCAACUCCUCUUUACAAGAACUGUGCCUCCGCAACUGUGGCGGCAGCAUACCUCGUCUCUCCAACUUCCCGAGUUUAAAGGAACUCGAAAUUGGCAAGAUCAUUGGUGAAGCCUCCGAGCAGGAAAUGGAGUCACGGCUAGAGGAGAUUGCCGGUCUGGGAGAACUGCAGGACCUGAAGCUGUACGAACUGAAGUUGGUAGAGAGGCUUCCGUCCUUGUCAACGCUGCAAAAUCUGAGCCUUGUAGCCAUCAUCGACAUGCCGAGAUUGCGCGAGAUCCAGGGCCUUGCUGACCUGAAAUGGCUGGAGCGACUGGUGCUUGCCGGCUGCACGGCUUUGGAGGGAUUGAAACUGCCGGCCGCCAAUUUGAAGCUGCUGCAGGAACUGGACAUUCGAGGGUGUCAAAAGUUGCCUUCUGGCGAUCUCGAUGCUCUGAGGGCUAGUUAUCCGCCCGGUAAUCAUGUAAAAAUCAAAUGGCCGGACGAGGACUACGAAGCCGGCGAAGGCCUGCCGUCGAGUUCCCGGCUUUUCAACAGCGAGGAUUCGUCGGCAUCAACUUGAUCGAUCGAGUGCACUGCUACGUACAGGUGAAUGAAUGCUACGCUUUCCAUAAGCCAACUUCUCCGAUCAAAUACUUAAUCACUUCCACCAGAACUUCUACCUCAAUUUUUAUUUAUUCGGAUAUAAAUAAAUACUUUUAAAAACAACAUAAAAUGACUUAUGUGAAGCUCACUUUUACAUUUUUUUUUAUUCUUAUUUUUGUUCCUCCAUUUGAAACUCAAAUGUUCCUAUUUUCAAAGCCUCCCUUCCCCACCUAAAAUAAAAACUUGGUACCGAAAAUUCAUUCAUUUUAAAAAAAUAUGCAUGUGUUUUAAUAAUUUUUUUUUUUACUCUAAUAAAUCGUGAGCUCAUGUAAUCAUUGAUUCGUUUCAAAUAUUCAUUUAAUUUAUUUGUUUUCAUCGCCAUAAAAAAAACCCUAAAAAAUCCUUGAAAACAUAAAUCCAAAAAAAUAUCAUUUUAAACCUUCUUCAAUAAAACUACCUUUUAUUUGAAACAAAUAGACUAUUUUCUUACACAAUUGGGACAGUCGAUGAUCUGAGAGCAGUCGAGAGGCUUGAUUGGUUGGCGUGUUGUUCCUCCAGUUACGUUGAAGGUGAUGACGCAUUGCUUCUCCCACCGAUGAAUAAAGGCUACUACGUACGUAGUCGGCAAGUCAUAUAAAUUAACGUGUUGGUAUAUUUUUACAUGAAUAAGGCUACGUACGUAGCAUUCAAGCAAGCACUAUAUGGGUGGCUUGAAAUUGUGUGAUUAUUUAAACUAUGUAUAUACAUAAUGUCACAAUGUGUGCAUAUGAAAUAAAGAUACUGGAAUAAAAUUAAAAAGAAUUGUUAAAAUACACUGC